AUGCGAGGUACGCUGCUCUUCAAAGACAACAAUCCAUUAAAUGGGCCUAGCGUUAGAGAUUUGAAUAUUUUUUCUUUUUCUGAUCGUGCUGGUAUUGAGAAUGCUUUUAUUGAGUUUUACUCUAAUCUUUGGUCUGCUACUUCUGGUGAUUCCUUUACUGAUGUUUUUAAUAAUCUUCCCAAUGACCUUCCUCAACUCUCCAAUAUUGAUCGUGAUUUUCUUAUGAGGGUUGUUACUCGGGAGGAGGUUCAGCUUACGGUUUUUGACCUCCCCCUGGGGAAAAGUCCGGGACCUGACGGUUUCAAUGCUAAAUUUUAUCCUUUUUUUUGGUCUGAGGUUAAUGAUCACCUGUUUGAAGCUAUUAAUUUUUUCUUUAUUCAUUCUGUGAUGCCUACUUCUUGGGGUCGUACCUAUAUCAUGCUUAUUCCUAAAAAAGACAAUCCUAGUUUUAUCACUGAUUUUAGGCCCAUUUCUCUUUGCAAUGUUUGUUAUAAAAUUAUUACUAAAAUCUUGGCUAAUAGGCUUGAGAUUGUUCUUCCUAAGCUUAUUGGGAAAGAACAAACUGGUUUUGUUUCUGGCCGUUGUCCCUUCGAUAAUAUCAUUGCCUUGCAAGAAGUUGUUCAUUCUCUGGAGAAUGAUAGUAAGGACCCCCCUAGGAUGUUAAUCAAAAUAGAUGUGGAGAAAGCUUAUGACACGCUUAGCUGGAGUGCAAUUCUUGCCACUCUUACGAAGAUGAAUUUCCCUUCUAUUUGGAUAUAUUGGAUCAAGACCUGCAUUUCUUCGACUUCCUUUUCCUUUCUUAUUAAUGGCCAACCUUCCACUUGGAUUAAAUCUACUAGAGGUGUUCGUCAAGGUGACCCUAUUUCUUCAUACCUCUUCAUUCUUGUCUCUCAGAAUUUAACCUCCAUGCUUAAUUUUGCUCUUCGUCAUAAUUUAAUUCCUGGUUUUAGCAAACAUCUCAAAUAUAAUUUUAAUCAUCUUAUGUCUGAUGAUGAUCUAGUUCUUAUAACUCGCGCGUCUAGACUGUCUGCUAGAUUUAUCAUUUCCUGUCUCAAUUUUUAUGAUAAGCUCACUGGGCAAUCUCCCAAUCUUUCUAAGUCUGCUGUUUAUUUUCCCUCGUGGUUUAAUAAAUUUGUUGCCAAAAGAAUUUGCACCAUCCUCAAGUUUCAAGCAGCUUCUUUUCCCGUUAAGUAUCUAGGAGUUUUUAUUUCUCCUAAGCGUCUUGCUAAAACUGUUUUUGAUUUCAUGACUGACAACAUCAGGCUUCACUGCUCUAGAUGGCUGAACUCCAAACUCUCCCCUGCAGCCAAAACUGUUCUCAUUAAUUCUUCUCUUCUCUCACUUCCAAUCUACUAUCUUUCUGUUUACCCUAUUUAUGACUCUACUCUUAAAGAUAUCAAUAGAAUUGUUAGGAGAUUCUUCUGGUGUAAGAAUGGCAAUGGAAAGGGCAUCCAUGCGGUUGGUUGGAAUGACAUUACUAGUCCAAAAACUGAGGGGGGUCUUGCAAUUCGGAAUCUUCUUCUUGCUAAGCAUUCCUUAAUGGCUAAAAACAUGUUCAGAUAUAUUAAUGGUGAUGAUCUUAUCUGGGUUGAUAUUCUUUAUCUUAAAUAUGGUGGGUUGAAUUUUUGGCAAGAUAAUAUUCCUGCUGGUUGUUCUUGGUUCUUUAGGGGGUUGUGUCACACGGCUGUUUUGCUUCGUCCCAACCUUAGAAUUAAAUCUAUUAAUCCCAAUCAAACCUCCUUUCUGUUUCAUGCCUGGUGUUUUGAGGUUCCUCUGGAGUUUAAACCUACAUACAUUAACAUGGAUUUGAAUGUUGAGACCCUUUCUAUUUCUGAUUUCAUUGAGAAUGGCUCUUGGGAUUUUUCGAAUCUUCAUCUGCUUUUUGGCAACAAUUUUAAUUUUAUUGUUCCAAAUCUUGGUUCAAUCAACACUACCGAGCCCAAUCACUGGAUUUGGGCUUCCAAAUCUAAGGAUUGCAGGAUUUCUGCGACUGUGUAUCACUUUCUUAACCAAGUUCCUACUUGGUCCGAUAAUUGGGAGGGUUGGAGACACAUUUGGAGUCUUUUGGUGGCUCCUAGAGUUAAGCACUUUCUAUGGCUCACUUUUAAAGGCAGGCUUCCUACCUCUGAUUAUCUACAUUCUAUUAACAUUGGCCCCAGCUGCUUUUGUGCUCUCUGCAAUACUGAUUAUGAGUCGAUUUGCCACUUGUUUAAUAACUGUCACUUUGCUCAGUCUGUAUGGGAGCUUCUCAGAACCAAGAUUGGUUCUGAAUUUUCCUUCGGUGAUGGGUUUGAAUCCGGCUCUUGGCUUGUGGAUGCUACUUACUCUCAUUUUGCUAAAUCUGUUAUUGCUUCCUCAGCCUGGUUCAUUUGGAAGAAUCGUUGUGAUAAGAUAUUUAGAUCUGCUUCUGUCUCCUUUCAGAGUGUUGUUUGUAGGGCCUUGGCUCAUGCUGGGGAUUUUUCCCGUGCUCAAGCUGAUCAGCUUGGCAAGAGAUUAAUCCUCAACAACUUCACACAUUCGGAUGGCUCCUUUCUAUUCGUCUCCAGCUACUGGAAUGCUGCUAAUGAGGUUAGUGGGGCUGGUUCUUGCCCUCUUCACGUCGACAGAGAGGAUGAAGCUGAGAUUUAUGCCCUUAAGCUUGCUCUUCAGGCCUCUCUGGAUCUUGGAAUUCAACUCAAGCAUAUUUUCAUUCAGCAUCCUGACACCUUCAGAGUUGUUUCGUUGUUUCAUAACACACAUGGCAGAUGUAUUUCUCCUUCGUCUCAUCACAUUCAUCAGCUGCUCAACUUGUUGCAUUGCCCGAUGAUCCAUAUUAUUCCCAAGACUUGGGCCUCACCAGCAUUCAAGCUUGCUUCCUUCGGCGCUAAUCUUCAUGCUCUUAACUUGUUCUUUCAGGGUUUUGAGCUGCCUCGUUGGCUCAUGCGAGUAUUCUCUUUGGCUGGCUUCGAUUUCUAA